AUGGCUUCCCGUAGUAACUUUCUUCUUCAUGCAUUUCUUUGGUUGGCUCUUGCAACCACUGCUUUUUCCUUAUCAACCAAAUUUUAUGACAGAGUUUGUCCCCAAGCUUUGCCUGCCAUCAAGAGAAUAGUGCAGACUGCUGUCCACAGAGAGCCCCGCAUGGGUGCUUCUUUGCUUCUUUUGCACUUCCAUGAUUGCUUCGUUAAUGGCUGUGAUGGUUCACUUCUUUUGGAUUCUACCCCUGCUUUCAAAACCGAGAAAAAUUCACGUGGAAAUUUGAAUUCUGUGAGAGGUUUCGAAGUUGUAGAUGAGAUUAAGGCUGAAGUGGACAGAGUUUGUGGACGCCCCGUGGUCUCUUGUGCUGAUAUCUUAGCAGUGGCUGCUCGAGAUUCCGUAGUUGCGCUUGGAGGUCCGGCAUGGAAGGUUCGUUUGGGUAGGAGAGACUCAACCACGGCUAGUAGGGCCUUAGCCGACAGUGUGCUUCCAUCGGCUUCAAUGGAUCUUCCUGCAUUGAUCAACAACUUCAAGAACCAGGGCUUGAACCAGAGAGAUCUUGUAGCUCUCUCCGGUGGACACACCAUUGGCUUAUCAAGAUGUUUAAUCUUUAGGAACAGAAUUUACAAUGCAACCAAUAUUGACCCUGCCUUUGCCAAACAGCGUAGAGCCACUUGCCCACGCACCGGAGGGAACACUAAUCUCGCUCCUUUCGAUUCUACACCUGCCAAGUUUGACACUGCAUACCUCAGCAACCUAGUGAAGCAAAGGGGACUACUCACCUCAGAUUCGUAUCAACUGCAGGGGGGCAAAUUGAUGACAAUCUCAACAUCAACUAAUUCUUGUUAUUUUAUUAAUUGCAUGGGUCAAAGUGUCUUUAUUCGACGGCACUACUUGAUAGAAAUGUCACCUUAA